AGCAGGUAAAACCCUAGCGAUUGUUUGGAGUCCAAAGAGCUGCUCAGGAAGGGUAGCAGCAAAUUCUCUGUUUUGAGAGAUAACUCGAAACAAUCAGGAUAGAUAGCACUUAACAAAUGGCAUCCAAUGGACAAGCUACUAAACCCCCACCAAAUCCAUCUCCAUUGCGAAGUGGCAGGUUUUAUCAGGCAAACAUGAGAAUCUUGGUUACUGGAGGAGCAGGGUUCAUUGGAUCUCAUCUGGUCGAUAGGUUAAUGCAGAAUGAGAAGAAUGAGGUGAUUGUUGCUGAUAACUAUUUCACUGGCUCCAAAGACAAUCUUAAACAAUGGAUUGGUCAUCCUAGAUUUGAACUUAUUCGUCAUGAUGUCACUGAGCCUUUACUGGUUGAAGUUGAUCAAAUCUAUCACUUGGCUUGUCCUGCUUCUCCUAUUUUUUACAAAUACAAUCCCGUAAAGACGAUUAAAACAAAUGUGAUGGGGACUCUAAACAUGUUGGGACUUGCCAAGCGAGUUGGAGCAAGGAUUUUGCUAACUUCAACUUCGGAAGUUUAUGGAGAUCCUCUUAUUCAUCCCCAGACAGAGGAUUAUUGGGGCAAUGUUAAUCCUAUUGGAGUGAGGAGUUGCUAUGAUGAAGGAAAGCGAGUAGCAGAAACGUUGAUGUUUGAUUACCACAGGCAGCAUGGAAUUGAAAUAAGAAUUGCUAGGAUUUUCAAUACUUAUGGACCAAGAAUGAACAUAGACGAUGGUCGUGUUGUCAGCAACUUCAUAGCUCAAGCAAUUCGAGAUGAACCUUUGACUGUUCAGUUACCUGGAACUCAAACCCGCAGCUUUUGUUAUGUUUCUGACAUGGUUGAUGGACUGAUCAGACUUAUGGAAGGAGCCAAUACAGGACCAAUCAACAUAGGAAAUCCUGGUGAAUUUACAAUGCUGGAGCUGGCGGAGACAGUCAAAGAGCUUAUCAACCCAAGUAUGAAGAUCAUAACAGUUGAGAACACGCCUGAUGAUCCUCGUCAGAGAAAACCAGACAUAACAAAGGCAAAGGAGCUGCUUGGUUGGGAACCAAAGGUGAAGUUGAGGGACGGUAUUCCUCUAAUGGAAGAGGACUUUCGCCUCAGGCUCGAAACUCCCAAGAAGGCAUGAAGGAAUGUGGUGUUUGAUACAGAAAGACAGAGGCUCUAGUCUACUAUCUAUAUUUGAGUGUCUUAUAUUUCUCUUUGAUAACUUCUGUUUUUUAUUUUUCCCCUUAUCUGAAUAAAACCUUUUUUAUACAUCAUACUCCUAAGUCCUAAGCAAACCAUCUUCUGUCUGGUGGUAUGUUUUUGUUUGAUACAGGGUAAUUGUUGGAUUUUUUGGAAUACCAUAAUAUAUAUCAAUAUAUUUUCAGUUAUUAUU